CGAGUCAUGUGUCGGUAUGCGCGUUCCCGUCGCCACCUCCGAUUUCCUUAUUACUGCGUUGUCGUCACGUGAUCCCUCCGAGAACUAGGAUUUUCGUAGAUGUGAUUGAUUUGGGUUCCGGGAAUAGCGAGCGGAGAUGGCGGUGUCAUUGCUAUAAUAAUGCUUAGGAGGCUGCCCUAGAAAUCAGUGCGAGACGGCGGCCCAGGGUUGCGGGGACCCUUCCGGGAAUGGCCUUAGAAUCUCACUGACCCGUCCGGUGGGUCGGAGGAAAGGAGGAGAGUGCGGUCUGACAGCGAGAGCUUUGCACGGCAACCUGGGCGCGACGGCUCCUUCUUCUUCGCCCGUCAAGCCGGGAGCGACGGAGUGUUGGUGGAGGAUGUCGGGACGGCGCUGCGCCGGGGCCUCGGGUUCGGCAGCUUCUCACGGAAAUAUAGGUGCGGGCGGGGAGCCGGCUCGAGAGCUGUUCGAAGCUUGUAGGAACGGGGACGUGGAGCGGGUGAGAAAGCUGGUGAAUUCCGACAACGUGAACAGUCGCGACACUGCCGGCAGGAAAUCCACCCCGCUUCAUUUUGCUGCAGGAUUUGGUCGAAAAGAUGUGGUAGAACAUCUUCUGCAGAGUGGUGCCAACGUCCAUGCUCGUGAUGAUGGUGGGCUUAUUCCAAUCCAUAAUGCAUGUUCAUUUGGCCAUGCUGAAGUGGUGAGUCUUCUGCUGAGGCACGGUGCUGAUCCAAAUGCCCGGGACAAUUGGAACUAUACCCCUCUCCAUGAAGCAGCCAUCAAGGGCAAAAUUGAUGUUUGCAUAGUUCUUUUUCAGCAUGGAGCAGACCCCACCAUUAGAAAUACUGACAGUAGGACAGCAUUGGAUUUAUCAGACCCCUCCGCAAAAGCAGUGCUCACAGGUGAAUACAAGAAGGAUGAGUUGCUGGAAAGUGCCAGGAGUGGUAAUGAAGAGAAAAUGAUGGCUUUGUUAACACCAUUAAAUGUCAACUGUCAUGCCAGUGAUGGAAGAAAGUCUACACCACUGCACUUAGCUGCUGGCUAUAAUCGUGUCAAAAUUGUCCAACUUUUGCUUCAGCAUGGGGCCGAUGUACACGCAAAGGAUAAAGGAGAUUUGGUGCCACUUCACAAUGCCUGUUCCUAUGGUCAUUAUGAGGUUACCGAACUUCUUGUAAAGCAUGGUGCAUCUGUGAAUGCAAUGGAUCUGUGGCAAUUCACUUCCCUGCACGAGGCGGCCUCUAAGAAUCGGGUUGAGGUGUGCUCUCUCUUACUGAGCUAUGGGGCUGAUCCCACUAUGCUAAACUGCCACAAUAAAAGUGCUAUUGAUUUGGCACCAACUCCUCAGCUAAAAGAGAGAUUAUCAUAUGAAUUCAAAGGCCAUUCAUUGCUGCAGGCUGCCAGAGAAGCAGAUCUAACACGCAUUAAAAAGCAUCUCUCCUUGGAGAUUGUGAAUUUCAAGCAUCCCCAGACUCAUGACACUGCUUUGCACUGUGCUGCUUCAUCGCCCUAUCCAAAGAGGAAGCAAGUAUGUGAACUUCUCUUUAGGAAAGGAGCAAAUGUCAAUGAGAAGACCAAAGACUUUUUGACACCUCUCCAUAUCGCUUCGGACAAGGCUCAUAAUGAUAUUGUAGAGUUGUUGAUUAAACACGAAGCCAAGGUCAAUGCAUUGGAUAACCUAGGUCAGACCAGUCUCCAUCGUGCAGCACAUUGUGGCCAUCUGCAAACCUGCCGACUUCUACUAAACUCAGGGUGUGACCCAUCCAUUGUAUCUUUGCAAGGUUUUACUGCUCUUCAGAUGGGAAAUGAAAGUGUGCAGCAACUUCUUCAGGAAGGAUUACCGUUCAGUAACAGUGAUGCAGAUAGUCAACUACUGGAAGCAGCAAAAGCUGGAGAUCUAGACGUUGUAAAGAAACUUUGCACGUCACAGUCCGUUAAUUGUAGAGAUGUAGAAGGGCGUCAGUCUACGCCCCUCCACUUUGCAGCUGGAUAUAAUCGAGUGGCAGUAGUGGAAUAUCUGUUGCAGCAUGGAGCGGACGUGCACGCAAAGGAUAAAGGCGGGUUAGUUGCUUUACACAAUGCUUGUUCCUACGGUCACUAUGAGGUUACAGAGCUUCUUGUCAAACAUGGAGCAGUAAUCAACGUUGCAGAUUUAUGGAAAUUCACCCCGUUACACGAAGCUGCAGCAAAAGGCAAAUAUGAGAUUUGUAAACUCCUUUUGCUGCAUGGAGCGGAUUCAACAAAGAAAAACAGAGAUGGAAACACCCCCUUGGACUUGGUGAAAGAUGGAGAUACUGACAUUCAAGAUCUUCUCCGAGGAGAUGCUGCAUUGUUAGAUGCUGCUAAGAAAGGCUGUGUAUCCCGGGUUAAAAAAUUAUGUACCCCUGAAAAUGUCAAUUGUAGAGAUACACAGGGAAGACAUUCUACACCACUUCAUUUAGCAGCUGGUUACAAUAACUUGGAAGUUGCAGAGUACCUCUUACAACACGGCGCUGAUGUUAAUGCAGCAGAUAAGGGAGGCCUUAUCCCUUUGCAUAAUGCAGCAUCCUACGGGCAUGUGGACGUGGCUGCUUUGCUCAUUAAAUAUAAUGCGUGUGUCAAUGCCAAUGACAAAUGGGCUUUUACGCCCUUGCAUGAAGCAGCUCAGAAAGGAAGAACGCAGCUUUGCGCUCUGCUCCUGGCACAUGGAGCGGAUCCUGCUUUGAAAAACCAAGAAGGGCAAGCUCCAUUAGACUUGGUAACAGCCGAUGACGUGCGUGCUCUUCUAACGGCUGCCAUGCCUCCAGCUGCUUUGCCAACGUUCUAUAAACCACAACUUUUAAAUGUUCCUCAACCUUCUACAACUGCCAUAGCAGCCCUUUCUUCUGUGCCAUUGAGCUCGCCCACUCUCUCUGCUGCAAGUAGCUUGGAUAACUUGGCUUCCAGUUUCUCUGAAACCACCUCUGUUAGUAGUGGAGGAGCUGAAGGAGCAUCUGGAUUGGAUAAGAAAGACGAAGGCGUAGACUUAAAUAUAAAUCAAUUUCUGCGGAACCUUGGCCUGGAGCACUUAAUCGAUGUCUUUGAACGUGAGCAGAUCACAUUAGAUGUUUUAAUCGAAAUGGGCCAUAAAGAAUUCAAGGAAAUUGGAAUCAGUGCGUAUGGACACAGGCACAAGAUCAUCAAAGGUGUAGAGAGACUUAUCUCAGGACAACAUGGUUUGAAUCCUUAUUUAACACUGAAUACGUCUAACAGUGGAACAAUCCUGAUUGAUCUCGCUCCCGAUGAUAAAGAAUUUCUUUCAGUGGAAGAAGAGAUGCAGAGCACCGUCAGGGAACACAGAGAUGGGGGCCACGCGGGUGGAGUCUUUACCAAAUAUAACAUCUUAAAGAUUCAGAAAGUGUGCAAUAAAAAGCUUUGGGAAAAAUACACUCACAGGCAAAAAGAAGUUACAGAGGAAAACCAUAACCAUUCCAAUGAAAGAAUGCUGUUCCAUGGGUCUCCUUUCGUAAAUGCAAUUAUCCACAAAGGGUUUGAUGAAAGGCACGCCUACAUUGGUGGGAUGUUUGGUGCUGGAAUAUAUUUUGCAGAGAAUUCCUCAAAAAGUAACCAGUAUGUCUAUGGUAUUGGAGGUGGCACAGGGUGCCCAAUUCACAAAGAUCGUUCAUGUUAUGUUUGCCAUAGGCAGUUGUUGUUUUGUCGAGUUACCUUGGGGAAGUCGUUUCUUCAGUUCAGUGCAAUGAAGAUGGCUCAUUCUCCUCCUGGUCACCAUUCUGUAACUGGACGACCCAGUGUAAAUGGACUUGCUUUGGCGGAGUAUGUGAUCUACCGGGGAGAACAGGCAUAUCCUGAAUAUAUAAUAACGUAUCAAAUCAUGAAGCCUGAGGCGGUUGCUGAAGGUUGAAGGGCUACGUUGGAAGAUCAUUUUGCAAAUGACGUACAUUCUAGAUCAGCCCCUAGAAGGAUCCAACCUAAAACAACAUGAAUUCAUUGAAACAGUUAAACCCCUUUAAAUAAUGUACAGUUUGUUUCCUGAACAUUCACAAAAUAAUUUUUUGUUUCUCAGCACUUUAACAGACUCCAUUCUUGCUUAUAAAAUGGGUUUGUCUAUUUAAGUCUACGUAUGGUUUAACUUGAACUUUUUUUUUUUUUUUUUUUUUUUUCUGUUCACCUUUAAUAUCUUAACGGAAAAUCUUUAAUCUACGUAAAGAACUCGCAUUCCUAAAAUGGUGUAUUUUAAAGCACACUGAAUACUGUUCGCUUGUAAAACUGUAAAUAAGAGCUUUUUGUACUAGCCUGGUAUUUAUUUACAUUGCAUUGUAAUAUAGCCAUUUAGAAUGACAAUAAUUGCAGAAAGAAUCCUUUUGGUCAUGGAGAUUGCACUGUCCUUGGUGUAGCACAAUGCUGGCCGUUAAUGUACUAUAAUCUAGGACCGUUUCUAACAUUGAAACCAUGAAAUGACCCUGAGGGAUUUCAGACGCGGCUUUUAUUGCACCAGAUGAUUUUACCUGCGAACUGAGGGUCGGCACAUGCUCAGAUUCGGGUCGAUUACUUGGCCGGCGACAAAUCUCCUCUUCAGGGCGACUAAUCUCCACGAACUGCCUCCAGCCGGCUAGAAUUUAAAUCGCCGGCGGGAUGGCACUCGGAGCGAUGCGUUUUCCGAAGUCAACUGAAGUUUCUUCAUAAGGCGACUUUGGAAAACGAAGCGUUCCCAGUGCCAUUCCGUUGGCGAUUUACAUCAGAGCCGGCGGGAGACAGUUGGGGGAGAUUAUUCGCCCUAAAAAAGAGAUUUGUCGCUGGGAGACUAAUCUCCCCAAAGCGGAGAGUGUGCCCUGACCCUUAAGCGCAGAUUUGGUUUGUUUUUAAAAUACAGUCUAUUUAAAGAGCAAUUUAUUGAAAAUGAAUGGGAGGAAAAGAGGAGGCAUGCUUUAAAUAAGUAAAGGGAACUUUUGCUUCAUUAGGAAGAAGCAUAUUUGGUAGGAUUAUGUAUUGGCAACAUAAUGCUUUAUAGUCUGGUCCAGUAACCAAUAGCAGCCAGACCAAUGAUUUUUUUUUUUUAAUUACAAAACUGCACUAAUUGCUGUGGGUUAUUGGCUUUGACAAGCUUCGUUCUUGUCCCCAAUGUGACUUCCCACAGGGAGUGUUCUCUAAUGGAGGGAAUCCAGCACAUGUGCAAAAGGAAGGCAGUGAAGUGAUUUCCAAAUUGGUCAAAUUCCGUUCAGUAGGAUUCCCGUUGCUAGUAUAAGCCGAAUCUUGAGGUUUCUUUUAUAUUGCAGGUAUGAGAUCCGUUAUCCGGAAACCAUUAUCCACAAAUCUCCGAAUUACCGUCUCCCAUAGACUCCAUUUUAUCCAAAUAAUCCACAUUUUAAAAAGUGAUUUCCUUUUCCUCUGUAAUAAUAAAACAGUAGCUUGUACUUGAUCCCAACUAAGAUAUAAUUAAUCCUUAUUGGAGUCAAAAGCAGCCUAUUGGGUUUAUUUAAUGUUUACAUGAUUUUCUAGUAGACUUAAUUGAUGAAGAUCCAAAAUCCUUAUCCUGAAAGCCCCAGGUCCCGAUCAUUCUGGAUAACAGGUCCCAUACCUGUGCUGCAUUAAAGUAACAAUCUGAAAGCGACCAAAAACAACUUCAUGGCAAGAGCAGCUCCUAGCCUAGUCUGUCUCUUGCAUUAGUGCAACAUCUCGUCUCGUUCCCUGUUACUUAAGUAGUUGACCAAAAAUGUUGUCCCGGCCGUACAGGGAUCCCAAAUGCCUUCUGUGUUAAAAUGACUUUUUUGAACCCAUGAUUGAUCCAAUAGCAAUGUGUGAGCGUGCGGAGGAAACUGCCAAUUGUUAUAUUCUGUUUGCGUUUCACCAGCAGAUAUUGAAUUUCCUCCUGUGGGUGAUUGUUGACUUCAAAAUGUACAUGGUUUACACAGCUGUGAAUAAUGCCGGUAUGGAUUUGUCCUGCUUUUUCAUUGUAGUGUUUGAUCCAGGUAACGUGUAUCCACCAAACAACUGACUGUCAUUUUGUACAGAGAAGCAAAAAGCAUUCGUGAUUUAUAUUCCCUUUUUUUCCCCCCCAGGAAGUGACUUUAUGCUGAAAUUGUGUUCUUUAGGUAGUCUUACAAUGCUCAUCCCAAAAAAAAAAAAAAGGAAAUGUUUGCUUUGCAGGUAGCCAAUAGCAUUGCAUUGUGUGUAUAUUGUACUUUCUUGUGCUGAAUACGAAUUAAAAUGUGCAUUUGUCAAGUUGUCAAA